CAGAGAUAAGUACAAUUCGAGCGUUCGAGGAACUGCUGGUGAAGUCGCGUCUCUCCUCGAGGCGUCCGAUUUCUAUUGGCAAGUAUUCUCGCCGAGGAGGUUCGCCUCAAAAACUAGCUGACCCGCGGCGACAAGUUUCCAUUUCAAGUGAAACGGUCUCGACGCGCCGUCCGCGCAAACCGGUACGCGUCCAUCCGCGAUCCUCCCGCGAUGCCCGGCGCUUCCCGCCGCGUUCGGUCCCGGUUCGGAAUGCGUUCGAAACUCGUGCGGGGACGAUCGGCGAGAGUCACGGCGAGGUCGCGCAGCUGCUCGUUUUCACGAGCGGUCCGACGGGCGGGCGAACACGACCGGCCGAUGGUUCGCGACGCGUACGGAACCAGUUCCAGCUCGAAACCGGUUUGGAACUAGUUUCCUUCGGUUUUUCGGCCCCCCCGUAAGAGCCGCGCGCAGCCGGCAUCCGUGAAUAGCACUUCGACCGGAUUACUCGGCGCGAUCGCAACGUCGUCGGCGCGCUGGUUUCCGCCCGGACGAUCAUGGCCGAUAAUAAGGAGCCGAAAGAGAACAAAAUUGACGGUCACAUGGAAGUCAAGGUGGAACCGACCCUUCAGUGCUACGUCGAAGAGGAGCAUGAGAACGGCUUUUCGAGUUUGGAGAACGCCAGCGCGAUACCAUCGAGCGUCGACGUGGGCGCGUUAAAUCUGUGGACCAGCAAGGCCACCACCUGUCUGAUCAGCCAAUACAAAAAGUAUCGUUCGCUGGUCGGACAAUCGACGCAGAUCAGGAGUCUGCGGGAGAUGUUCGAGAUGAUAUCGCUGGAGAUGCAGAAUUACGGGUUCUACUUCAGUCCGCAGAAAUGCGAGAACAAGUGGCGGGUUCUCGAGCGCAAGUACAAGAACCUCGUGUUCCGCGAGCGGCUGAAGAAACCGGGCAGGAUGCGACACUACGGACAGUGGGAGCACAAACGCGCCUUGGACGAGAUCUUCAAUGAGAAGAAGAGACACGUGUAUCUGGAGACGAACGAGCCGCAGCCGCCGAGCGAACUGAUCCAGUAUCCCUUGAUUCUGCCGAAGCCCAGUUGCAAUCAUGGCGGCGACACGCGUGGCGAUCGGCAACCCGAGGAUCCACUAGCGCCCGUGAUCAACGAGAGAGACGGCGAUACGUUGGAUCACAAGCAGAUCUUGACCGUAUUGUUUGACAAGUUCAUAGGGGAAAUGGGAAAGAACUUCGCUCUGGCCGAGAAGAACAAGGAGAGGCGACACAAGGAGAAAAUGGUCGUGAGACACAAGGAGUUGGAGCUGAAGAAGCAGCUUCUCAAGCUGAAGGAGCAGAAGAUGGAAUUGCAAAGGUGCCAAAUGAUUGCCGCCGCACAGAACCUGCGUUUGAAUAUAAAAUGACGCGCACCGUACGAUUUGCCGCGCGGACGCGGAUAUAAUCUGUAUAUUUUACUUUAAUGUAAUAUAAAGAUUAUUUUAUUUGUAUUUGUACGUUGCGAAUGGAAUAAAAAUCGCUAGUUUCUUUAGCCAUACGAUUGUGUAAACUGAUUAAAAUGAAAGUUUUUCUAUA